AUGAAGCAUCUUUCUAGUAUAAUAGCGGGUGUCGGCAUAGUUGCCGCAGGGCCUUUGCAGCAUCGAGCCACACAGACUUAUUUCUUUACCUUUGGAGAUUCCUAUACCCAAAGCAACUUUGAUGUCAAUGGCACACAGCCCUCUUCUUCAAAUCCCAUGGGGAAUCCAAAUAUAGGGACCGGCACAUCAAGCGGUGGGCUCAAUUGGGUUGAAUAUUUGACCACAGUUGACAACGCCUCGCUGGUACUCAGCUACAAUCUCGCUAUUGGAGGAGCGACAAUCGACAAUCGAAUCGUCAGUGCCCCGUACACGGAUAUGACAACGCAGCUUGGUUACUUUGAAGCUUCGUACAGUCAGAGACCAGCAUCUGCGCCGUGGUCUGCUAGUGAUACAGUCUUUGGAUUUUGGAUUGGAAUCAAUGACAUUGGCUCGGCCUAUUCAAGCAAUGACGCCAGCGUCUUGGUUCCCAAACUCAUGGCGCAGUACGAAUCUCUCGUUGGAGAAAUAUACGCGAACGGUGGUCGGAAGUUCUUGUUCCUCAAUGUUCCUCCCACCAGCCGAAGCCCGCUGUUCCUUGAUCAGGGGACGGACGUGGUGAACGCUCAUGCUGCGUGGGUGACGGCGUACAACAAAGGCCUCCAAUCGAUGAUCAAGAGCUUCAAGUCAAAUCACAGUGGCACCACCACCGUCCUUUACGAUACCUGGAGCUUCAUGACAAAGGUCCUUGACAGUCCUCAGAAGUAUGGAUACCCGAAUGCCACCUGCAUCAAUGAAGAUGGCACUUCUUGUGUCUGGUACAAUAACUACCACCCGGGCUACAAGUAUCACCAGCUGCAAGCGGCGGAUAUGAAACAAUACCUCAAGACUUUCGGUGCGUGGUAG